AUUCAUGAUUAGUAAAAUCUAUUCCCAAGAAUGAAGUGUUUAAAGGGAGUCCUCUUCAUAUUCAACCUGCUUAUAUGGUUGUCAGGGUGCACUGUAAUGGUGAUCGGAGCAUGGUUACUAAUGGAGCCGAGCAAAGGACAUUUGCUUAAUAUCUUCGCCCCUCACGCAAUUCCCACGGAAACAAUUUAUUUUGUGGCCUACAGCCUCCUCGCAACCGGCUUCACGAUACUGAUCGUUAGUUUUUUCGGCUGUCGUGUAGCCCUACGAGAGAGCCACUGCAUUCUCGUUAUUUAUAUGAGCCUGUUAAUAAUUCUGAUCGUUACUGAGUUGGUGACGGCUGCUGUCCUCGGCAUAAUGAUGUAUCGAGCGUUGUCAGGGUUGGAGGUCAGGCUGAUGGAGCGAAUGUCUGAAUAUUACGGGUACAACGUUUCCAGUGACGUCAGCUUCACUCAUAGUCUUGAUUAUGCUCAAUACAAGUUCAACUGCUGUGGUAUCUACAGCGAUAGGGAUUAUAAUGGCACAGCCUGGUGGCGAGAAAGUCACUUUUCCGGGGGGAAGAGGCAAGUGCCCCUAACCUGCUGCAUAUUUAAGGAAGCCGAGAUUAAAAAUACUGGUAGCCCAAUGAGCGUCGUUUCAAGGGUAUUUUAUAAAAAUAAUGAAAAACCAUGGCUUUACCCACAACUUAAAGAUGAGUCUGCCUGUCAAUCGCAAGAUGCAACAGUCCAUGAAAGAUUCAGGCAUAAAGAAGGCUGCCUCGAUAAGGUAAAAAAUUGGAUUCAAUAUGAAAGCUUAGUGGUUAUUCUUUUUGGUGUAGUAUUUGCAAGUGCUCAGGCUAUCGGUAUAAUUAUAUCGGCGUUCCUUUGUCGACGCAUCAUGAACAUGCAGACUGGAUAA